GCGACGGAAGUGACUCUCUGUUGUGGUUGGCAGGAGAGAUGAACUUCCGUCGCCACAUGAUUGGCAAAGUGCACGGUAUCAAUUAGACUCAGUGACGUGCAGAGUGCGCGACAGGCAGACAGGAGAGGUAAAUAAUGUCUGGGAUAAAAGGUCCCUGGGAGCCGCUUAGAAUAGCUGUUCGUUAUUUUUAUUUAUAGUGUAGCAGUAAUUAUGUCCUGUUUGAUGUUUUUAUGUUAUGUGUACAUUAUCCUUUCACAGGCAGCUGGUAAUCUCCCAUCUAUAUAGGUUUAUUAAAUAUCAAUUAAUUCCAUGUUGCUAUAGAAACGUGUCUGAUCCCCUGUUUAUUCAGCUGUGAAAGCAGAUAGUUUGUGACAGUCGACGCACCAUAACCACUGUCUAUCAGUGACUUGGUAAAGGGGUAUAGUCCCUACACUGCGGCAGUGUCAAACAUUUGGUGUUUCUGAGAAAACGUUUGAAAACUCAUUAGUAGUAGCUUGAAACAUGUCCUCCUUAAAGGAACACUCCUUUUACCAGAACAACGUCACAUAAAUUAAGUUGUUAUGGUUGCUGGAGGCCCCUGGGUGCUCUCAAAACGCAAGGGGUAAAACUGUGCUCAAACGGUUUAACAUAGAAACAUAGAAUGUGACGGCAGAUCAGAACCAUUCGGCCCAUAUAGUCUGCCCAAGAUAAGGCUAGGGACUAAUAAAAGUAUUUAGAAAACUGGGCAGACUAGAUGGGCCGAAUGGUUCUGAUCUACCGUCACAUUCUAUGUUUCUAUGUAACCCCAAAGGCUGCCUCCAGUGCCGAUACCCAGGCGGCGUCCUGCUUCUGAGUUGCAGGAAGCGCGGAAUGCAGCUAUUCGGGGGCGCUGCUGAUUAGCUAGAGUGGUCAGCUGACGCUGUAAGACAAUCAGUAGCUCCCUGUUAAUAAAAAUAAGGUAUGUGCGUUUAUUUAGAUAAGGUUGUUAUGGUGCCCAUACUGUUCCUUUAUGUUCUCGAAAAUUUGAGGAUAUUCAUAUUCGGCACCAUCACACACAUGAUAACACUGAAUGCUGCUAAUGCUUCGUAAAGAUUACUAAUGGAUGUAGUGCUUUGAAAUGGAGUGCAGCAUGUGCCAGAGGUCCAAAAUGCUUUUCCAAAUUCAAAUCUUUUGGGGUGGACUGUGACAAUCAAUUGUGAUGAUCUCAGAGGAGGCAGAGCAACUGUCUUGGUGUUGGAUUACAGGUAAACGUAAAGGAACACUCCAAUCUCAUAAAGCUUUAUGUAUGUAGAGCAUAUCUUCUCCUUUUUUAUUUUACAAAACUGCAGAUUUCAAUAGAAAUCUUCACUUUUAUAAUUUUGUUACAUCUCUCUGGCUGCUAAUCAGACAACAGACCCGGUUACUUCCUGGUUGUUUAGUUCUGUGGAGCUAAACUCGAGAGGCAUUUUACGAUUUCCUGCACAUUUACAUCUGUCCCCUAUAAAUCUGUCAAGCCGUCGGGGUGAGGGCUUGUGACUGUCACAUCUGCAAUCUCUACAGAACUUUAAAGGAACACUCAGAGCACUAUAACCAGUGCGCUACUGUGCUUAUGGUCCAGGAUACUCCCCAUUAUUACUGCAGUUUGAUUUCUCACCGGGGUCUGGGCACUGCUCUUCGCCCGCCUGCACUACGGACGAUGGAGAGCCGUUGGCUCUCUGAAACUAAGCUGUGCAGGGCACCAUAACCACUACAAUGUGCUGUUAUAGUUAUGGUGCCUAGACAGUUUGAUUUGCUGUGUCUGUUCUGUUGUUUAGUCCCACUCUUCAGGGCUGCAAACUUCAGCUACUGUUGAAAAGUUGCUUCUUUCACACAGCACUGACACACCUCCCAAGGCAAGCAGAAAUUCUGAGAUAUAUUACGUACUUGUGAUUCGUUUGCCAGUUGUUUUUCCCCUUUUUACUUUUUGUACCCCUCCUCCACACCCUAUUUUUUCAUGUUAUUUAAACAGUUUCUCAAGUUUUAAAACCAUUGCGCUGAAAAAGAGCUCCCAGUUUAGCUUUUUGCCAUCCCAGCUAUUCAGUGCUAACUUGCAUUUUUUUUUAACUAGUUACAUUGCAGUGUUUACUAAAACGGUGCCAUUAUUCAUUAAAUUUAGGGAUAAGUAACUGAAAUCAAGUCCAUCUAAAACUUAUAAGAAUGUACAGACAGUAUUGGAGCAAUUUGGUUAAACAUUUAAAAUACGGAUUUUAAUUUCUCUAUCCUCUAAAUCUAGCAACAAUAAUAGUGUUAUUAUUAGUAUUGUUAUUUAUACAGCGCAAACCUAUUCAGCAACACUGUGCAAGUCAAGGAAGGAUGUACAGAAAUAUGUAGGCUGUCAGUGCCCUGCUCAAACUGCUUAUAGUCCAAGACAGGGUAUUGCACGGUGUCCGUGUUUAAAUUGGCUGACUGCUUCCCAUAUUGCCAGUGGUGAUUUAUUAGUAAGACAUGUUUGUGACAUACCUGCCAUCUAGUCUGAAAUCUUUUAUUCUCUUUGUAAAACAGCAAAAGGAUAACGCAGCUUCCCUAGACUCACUAGGAAUCAUGGUUCUGUUGUCAACUACUUUGACAGAGGAGGAAGAGGCUUUGCAGAGGAAAUUUGCAAAACUGAAGAAGAAGGUAUCUUUAUCUGUAGUGUGGUGUGGUCAGACUGCCCCAAGACAUAACGAUGUGUAAAUGUUGGGGUUAAUUAUAUUUCUUCCAAAGUGUACUUUGCUUUCUGAAAAAUAAAAAAUAAAAUUAGUUUUGUGAAUAGUUUUUUUUUUUUUUAUUGUUUACCGAAAAAGAACUAGUCACAGCAUCAAAGUACAUAUAUGUCCACAGUAACAACCAUUAUUUUCGUUUUCAGUACAGUUAGUCACACAGGAAUGUUCAAACAUUAGUAUGAAAAUGAACAAGGAGACAUAGGUUCUCCAAUAAGUAUCGAAACGUACUGUACAAAUAAAGCACAUUUUAAUAACAUUACCAUGUUCCAAAAACGACUUUCCAAUAUAAUAUUUCUAAAUACUCUAACCAUUAUCGAUGUUUAACCAAGUUGCUUUCUGAAGAUUAUUCCUUUAAAUCAUUUGUUAUAAAUUUAACAUGUUCCUGAAUGAAACAAUUGGUUUCAUUGCACACAUUCCUUAAUGCUAUUUUGGUGGUAACCAAUUAUAUAUUCGAUAUAUAAAAUUAUAUAUCCACCCUUGCUUUCUCAAUUGUAGCAAACAUGGGCGCCCCAAUGAACAAUCAACGUAGAUGUGAAUUUCGAUACUAAAUCCAUAGAGUGCGCAUCAUUAAAUGUGUGUUUAUGGGCAUAUGUAAUGUGUUUUUUUUAUUUAUAUAUAUAUAUAUAUAUAAUGUAUGUAUAUUUAUGAGAGAGAGAGAGAGAGAGAUAGAUAUAUGGAUAUUUUACCUUCACUUUGAAUUACUGCCUUGUGGCACUUUAAUGUUUACUCCUUCCAUGAUUCUAAACAGAUGUAGUUAAACCCCUACAUCUUGGGUGACUAUAUCUGAUUUUUUUUGGACAAGUGCUGAGUUAUUUAAAGAAACACUCCAUGCACCAUAACGUCUGACACUCCCCAUAGUGGUUAUGGUGGAAGGAGUGUCCUGGCAUCCCCCUCCCCCAAUUGUAACCAUUUAAACCAAUUUAUAAUAGUUUGACUUCUUACUUGGAGUCUGCUGGGUGCUGUGCACUGCCUUCACUACUGUUUAAAGCUGUAAGUUCUCUGUCUGAGCUAAGCCCUGCAGUGCACUCUUCGUCUCACUUGUAUAUAAGGUACUUGAUAUAGUUUCUAUUUUAUCAUUAUCGCUGAUCAGCUAUUCAUCCUUGAUUUCAUGUCUUCGCUUGUUACCUGAGUGUCUGUAUGAGUUCCGUUAAACUACCCCUGAGCUUCUCAUUUGUUUAUCGUGCACAUAGGGCACUUUUUGUACCCCAUGUAUGAUGGACCAGAUUACAUGUCUGAUUGAUGUCACAUGGAAUAUCACAAAGACCUUUUUAAAAGGAUUUAGGAAAUUACAAAAAAAUAAAUAAACAGAAAAGAUUAGACCUAUAAUAUAUGUGUGUAUUUAGCUUUGCGUUACACUGAGUUACUGCUCUAGCAUUAUUUAGCCCUUGUAUCUUUUUUCCCCCCCAUUCACAGAAAAAAGCUCUACUUGCUCUCAAGAAGCAAACUUCCACCAAUCAGACGAGCCAGGCUGGAAUCAAGAGAUGUCAGUGCAAACCCGUGCCUGUUCUUCCACACCCUACUUUCGUUUUGUUCAUGAUUUGCAUUAUUCACUUUUUCUUAUUAAUUUUUUGCUCUUUUUCACUGAAAUGAGAUAUGAACAUCUAAAAGCCCAAAAAAUAAAGUAGGGAGGCUUUUUACCUAGCAUAGGCUAAUUUUAUUAUAGUUUUCUAAAUUAGUAUGUACUGUGCUAUUUGUUGUCUCUCCUCCCUCCCCCUCCCCUAUUUAAACAGCAGAGGAGUGAGGACGGUAGCACUCAAAAGGUUUUAUUUGACUUGGAUAACUAUAAACAAAUAUAUUUUAUAUUGUAAUACUGACUUUCCAAUAUAUUUGUUCAUUCAUAUUCAGAGUGUUGAUGUUUCAUAUAUUUAAACCUUUUAUCUAUUUUGUCUAUCCCUCUGUGCUAUCUGUCUUGACAUACAUGUAUCUGCUUCUCCCAGCUCUCUCAGACCAGCCUGCGGUAGACACUGCAACAGCUACAGAGCAGGCGAAGAUGCUGAUAAAGACUGGAGCUAUUAGUGCAAUAAAAUCAGGAACCAAGAACAGCGGCUUCAAGCGUUCCCGGACCCUAGAGGGGAAACUUAAGGUCAUCUCUCAUAUUACCAGUAGCUUUAUUCCAUGUGCUGUGAUUCAAUACCCACAGAGUAUUCCUUGUCCUGUAUUAAACCUGUAUUGCACCUGUUAUAAUAUACAAGUACACACAUCUUGUUCUAUCCAUAGAAAACACCUUCCAUGGCACUUGCCUGCCCCCUUUAUAGAAGUGUUAAUUGACAUCUCUCUUGUUUCAGGAUCCGGAUAAGGGCCCUGCACCAAGCUUCCAGCCCUUUCAGCGUAAUGUGUCUGUAGACGAGGAGCAGGCGGAGGUAACGUAAUAAUAGGUGUAGAGCUUACUGACACUGGAUUCUUAUUGGUGGAAACAAUUUCUUCAUUUUCACUUUCUAGAGUUCAAAGCGUGCCCAGAGGAAGUCACUCUAUGAUAGGUAAGGCUGGAAUUUCUGACUCUUUUUUUUUUUUCUCUCUCUGCCCUCCUCCUUUUAGUUCCCCCUUUCAGUUUCCAUGAUGUCCUUUGUUUCUCGCUACUCAUUAAUACACUGCUGUCCCCAGCUUUGUGAGCUCCAGCGACCGGAUGCGUGAAACAGAGAGAGAUAGUGAAGAACGAGACGGUGAAAGAGACGCUCGUCAAAGAGAGCGGGAUCUUUAUGAGCGGGAACGUGGAAGAGAGCGAGACAGAGACAGGGAUAGAGAUCGGGAGCGAGACCGCAGUGAAAGAGAUCGGGAGCGAGACCGCAGUGAUAGAGAUCGCGAAGGAUUCUAUAGACGUAACUGUUUACUUAUGUCAUUAAACCUUGUGUUGGAAACAGGACAAUAUUCUCUGUUACUCUGCACAAAGAGAGUCACGUGUCCAUGUUCUCUGUGCCUAGAAAGACUGACUUACAGGUUCUUUUUCAUCUCAUAGGGCAAUAGUCUUCUGAUUUAUUUAUUUCCCCCCCUCUAUUUUCACUUCGCAGGGUCCGAUUCUUUCCCUGAACGUCGAGCACCCAGAAAGGGUAACACGGUGUAUGUAAAUGGAGUGGGCAUGUCACAAACAACUUUACGGGAGGCCUUCUCUAAAUUCGGGAACAUUAUAGAUCUAUCAACGGAUGCACAACGGAAGUAAGAAUACAUGUGAUGCAUAAGUGAGCUUUGUGGGUGAGCGCAGGUGGAUUGAAACCUCCUGACCUUAUGUUUUUUUUUUUUUUUUGUCCUGUUAGUUGUGCGUUUGUUACGUUUGAGAAGAUGGAAUCGGCUGAUCAGUCCAUCCAAGAGGUGAGAGUUCUGUCCUGCGUGUUCAUUCUCGGUUGACAAUGUCCAUAGAGAGGAUCAUUAUUUAUAUUCUACCUGCAAACAACAGGAUCCACCAUCCAGUGGUAAUCCUUCCAACCCGAGCAGAAAAUGGCUCUCUGUUUUUGGUUAAAUUUGGUUAAUUGUUUAGCAAGAAUGUGCUUCUACUGUAUUUCUCUAUACAUGACCUAAAAAACAUGCCUGGCCCCAAUCUGUAUGUUCUGCUCUAUUUCUGUGUAUAAUUAGUGAUUUGAGUUGCUUCUAUUUUGAUCUUUUUCCCUCCUCUCCCUCCAGCUCAAUAACACAACAAUAGAAGAAGUUCCUGUUAAAGUUAGCAUCGCUCGUAAACAGCCCAUGCUGGAUGCAGCCACAGGAAAAUCUCUUUGGGGGUCACUGGGUGAGUUAUGACCUCAAUACUGCUUUCCUUAUUAUCUCCGUGUCUUAAUUUUGUGUAGUUAUUGAGACAUCUUCUCGUUUUGUGUAUGUGUAAAUAACUAUUACAUUUGCAGUGCCGUGUAGAAGAUUCUGCACUCUACUCCAGGUUUUCUUUAUCAAGUUUGAUUAUUUAAACAAGGGUCUUAGCAGGAGCAGUGUUAGUUUUUCACAAAUCAGUUUCCCCUAUCUGCUUUUAGUCUGGGCCAAUUGGUGCAUAGAACAUGCAGAUUUAUUUUUUAUUUUAAUCAAGUCUGAUUUAAAAAUACCUGCUACUUAUUUAAAAGAAGCAAUCAUCUGCACGUGGUCAUAAACUGUGCGAGCAUUUAGGAAAUGCCAAAUAAUCUUUGUGUGUGUGUUCCAUAAAUUUAAAAUCCUUAUUUUUAUCUUUUUUACCUCUGCAGCUGUCCAGAACAGUGUGAAAGGUUCUCAUCGAGACAAGAGAUCACAAGUCAGCUACUCUGAAGACCUCUUCUCAGAUCCCCAGCCCGGGCCUGACGAAAACCCAAGCUAACUGUUAUUCAAGAUGUAAAAGGACCAUUUGAAAGCGUGCAGGUGUAGGAAUAUCAUAAAUUGCAUAUGCUAAGGCUUCCCAAACGUAGGAGUCAGGAUAUAUUUAUUGUAAAUAGAUCAAUCAUGUUGCCCAUUUUAUUUUAUAAGGAACUCUCUAUUCAUUCCUUAAUAGGCUAGUUAAAAAUAUAUAUAUACAUUUAAAACAAUGUGUAAUUUGUGUUCAUCUGGCUUCUAUGUUUGUCAAGCCCUGGUGUAUGCUUUGAUCUGACCUGUAGCUGGUUGGAUUAAACCAGUAGUACAUUGUGAUGCAUUAUUAAGGCUGAGCUCUGAGUAGGUUCCACCUAACCCUACCUUGAAAGGUCUCUAAAUAAGGACUUUUUCACUUUUAUUUUUAGCAACUUGUGACUUGGGGAAAAAAAAUUACCUAAAUGAAUGGAGCUUAAAAAAAAUAAAAACACCCUACAUGUUGAUUUAUUUUUGCCAGAGGUAUUUCUUUUGAAGCAGGUUAGCAAGGUAGACAAGUUUGAGAAAAGCUGAAUAAAAUGAUUUUUCUUUUUUCUUUUUUUACCUAAACUUUGCGGUUUUCAGUUUCAUAUGUAGGGGUGGGGGUCUCGAAGUGUAGUGCAUUGAAUUGUGAAAAUAUCUGACUUUUAAAAUUAAUAAAUAAAAAUAAAUCUAACCCUGGCUCUUUUACCCUAAAUGUUGCAUAUUUGUUUUCGGUUAACUGCAAUUAAUUGUUUAAGGAAUAAACCCUUGGUGUUUU